AUGGUGUCCGAGAUCACACUCAUCACAGUGACUUGCAUCCUGGAUUUGUGUUCAAAGGACACGUACAACUUUGGUGUCAGAAUGGGACCAUCCCUCAUGCUGGUACUCAUCGUGUACAUGUCUUUCGUGCUAUACAGGACUGCAGAGGUUUACGAGGACGAGCGAAAGUACCAUGUGAAGGCUGUGGCUCCGUCCGUGGAGGAGUCAGAGGAGGAAAUCCAGGAAGAAAUGGAAGAAUGGUGGCAUUUUGAGAGCCCUUGGUGGGGAUGCUAUGACAAGAAGAUCAAAGGGGCUCCGAUUCUACCAGCAGAAGAGGACGAAGCCGGCGGAAGUGCAAUGGACACACAGAUGCUUGUCAUCUCCCUCGUCUAUGCUGUAACGGAUACGAGCCGGACGUUGCUGAAUUCUUAUGCGUUGUCCAGUUCACAGAUCAACCCGAACUCGAUGUCUUUCCUUUCGUUUCUGGUAGGACUCCUUUUUGCAUCUGCGAUGACCUGGCGCUCGCAUGGUCUGGGUUGCAACAAUGGAGAUGAGCUUGGAAGACUGAGGUCAACCAAAGGUCUGCUUCAAGCCUGGAAUCUCCGAAAGAUCGUUGACUACGGAAGCUCCUCCUUGCUGCAAGCAGUAACCAUGUGCCUUGGAAACAUGGCCUAUGCAUUCGGAUUAUCUCCACCGAUGGCAGCGGUUCUUGGCAAGGUUUAUACGCCAGUGCUCGCUGUUGGUGAGCGAGUUGUCCUCAAAAAGCGAAGGAAGGGUGUUGAGUGGAUUGCUGUGAUUAUACUCACGCUGGGCACGUUCUCUUUCCUCUACCUCCAGAUUUAUGACUUUGAGGAAGGGCUCGGGAAGGCGAUGAAGAAUCUCUUUCCCUUGAUUCUUUGUAUCGCAAGUGCCUGUACAUCUGCAUUUCAAGCGUUGGUGUCGCAAGGGAUCUACGAGGCCAAUAGAGACGUGGAUUUCUACAUGAACAAAGUCCGUUUCGAUGCUGGCAGUGCAGCAUUCACACUUCUGGUAGUGCCUUUGCUCAGCCUGACAGCAUCUCGCGCGAAAGACAUCGUGUGGCUACCGCGCACGGUAGAUGCAGAUUGCGAGGUGGAUCAUUGCUGGCCCAAGGUUACAUCUCUCUCAAAUGGAGGGUCCUUGCACUUCCCCUGGUCCAUGGAGAGCUCGAUGUUGACUUGCACCAGUGAUGUUUGCACAGGUCUGGAAGGAGCACGCCAGCGACUGCACUCGAAGGACCAUUACCAACAGCUGCAGCGUGCCUUCUCAAAUGGCGAUAUCCAAAAGCUGCAGAAGUGCUUUGCAAUUGUCCAGAACGACCCUGCAUUUGCUGAUUGCGAGCUGGUUCAGUCAGCCCAGAAAGCAUUGCGACAGGUUCUUCAUUCACGUAGAGUGAUGAAGAUGGGUCUUGAGUGCUUGAGAGUCACUCCUUGGGAAUAUCCUGCAGAACAAGUUGACUUCAACGUGAGUGUGCUUCGAAAUUCACAAUUGGGUCCUGGAAUUUGGGACGAUGCGCUUUUGGCAACUGCGAAGCUAAUGAAGGAUGCUGAUGUGCUGAAGCUUCUUCGAUCAGUGAGACCAUACAACGAAGAUGGAUCUCUGAAAACCCGGUUUGACAUGGAACGUUGCACAAAAGCGUGGCUGGCACAGACCGAAGCUUCGCUCAUAGCUGAAGAUGUUUCUGUCAAAAUCCUCUUGAGGCUAUGUGAAUGUGGCAGUGUUGGUGCGCCACUGGUCUCUGCGCUCAACGAACCCUUCAUGCUUUGGGGAUUUGCAAGUCCAGCGCGUGCAGCGUUUCGUUUGGAGGAAAUCUGGAAGCUGCUCUGGACGAACGGACAAAUCAACAAGGCCACGGACUUGAAGGUGUUGCCGGUGUCCCAAAAGGCGCAGCAAAACGAAGCUUCUGGAGCGGAAGGUGAAGGCCUUGACGGCCCCGAGAUGCUUUUCAAAGGGCCACAAGAAGUGCUGCAACGAGCGCGGAGCAUCCUGCAGAAUGCUUUGGGAGAGGCAGAGAUUCCAUUCUCAGAGACUGCAAGGACAACGAGGCUUACCACUGUGCUUCACACAGUACCUGGCAAUAUUCUCCUGCAGCUGGGUCGACAAGGAAUGUUGGCGCUUGCUGCCAAAUCCGUGAAACGAGGUCAAAGUUCACUCGCGGCGCUGCUCCAAAGCUGCGUUUCUGCCUUUGGCCUUCAGAUCAGCUGGCUCUCUGAAGCUGAUGACCUUCUGGCUCUGUGUCUCAAAGCAUCUGCUGCAGUGAAGGCUGCGCCCAAGCAGUUCAGAUACAGUCGACAGGAACAAUCCGAGAUGCGAAAGCUGAUCUCUGAGUGUGCCUCAAUCUUGGAAUCUCUAGAACCUGGGCAACUCGUGGUUGAGGCCAGUGAGGCUACAUGUGUUUGUGAAUGCCACAGUGGCCUUUUAGCUGGCUGGGGUUUGCAACCCGCUCUGUAUGGUUUCCUAGCCAUCAUCACAGUCCAAGGCAUUUUGGUUGGCAUCAUCUAUGACAAGUAUGGCUCGCUUCACAGGGCCAAGUGUGAUGCUUUCGGCUUGCUGCUGACCUACUGGAUUGGAAACCCUCUUCUGAACUACCUCGUGAAGGGUGAGAGCUUCGGGAGCAGUUUGAGUGAUGUUUGUCUCAACAUUGUGUCCUUCAUCGUUCCACUUGCCGCCUUAGCCACCGACUUCGGAAAGAUUAUGACCACCAAGAUGCUUCAGAAGGUUUGCUCCUAUCGAUUGGGUUUGGUGGCUGGCCUACUUUCUCGAAUUCGCGGCAAGGAAGUGGCAUUGCUGAUCACUGAACAUGAGGAACUUGAUCCUUCAACCUCUGAGGCCAUCAUUGAUCUCAUGGACCAGCGUGCUGUAGACAUGCGAAAACAAGGUGCCAGAGUACGUCUUGUGGAUGAGCAAGCAAAGUCCUUGCGAGCGAAGUUGACGAUGCUCUUCAACUCUUUGCCCAGCCAUCAGAAGCAUGAGUACCAUCAGCUGUCUGAACAAAUGGAUGGCGAUCCUGGGGUCACCAGACCAACCAAAGUGGCGAUCGGUGUCAAGACUUGGGGCCACAAUCACCAUAUGGUUUCAAUGGCAAGGCAUGGGGUCAGUGCCAGUGCUUCUGGCAGCGGUAGCCUAUGUCAGAUUCGAUCUUUGGGCUUUCAAGAAACCAAAGACUGCAAGGAGAUCAGCUCACAGUUUGUGAGAUGCAAAAAGCAUCAAAGUCAUCAAACAAAAGAUCAAGCAAUUCAGGCCUUUGCAGAACAUAGAGUAUCAAAUGAUUACAAUGCCUAUUGGGAUGGACAAGAUGAACCUAACAUUUGA